GAGCAUUUUCUUUCUCGCUCUGUUUACCUGUGCAGUAGGGCGCAGCCACAAGAAGCCCAGAUCUUUCGGGGAAGGACUGUCCCCUGUCAAGCGCCGGCUGGCACUUGUUCUUAGCGGGUCGGGUACCUGAGGAAAUUUGCAUAAACUCUGGCAUAAUAAAUGAUAGGCCGAGAUCAGGAUCUCGGUUCCGCCGCCGCCAGUCCUAUAAAUAUAGUUUAUGACAGGUUAUUUGAAUUGGGUUGGUGCCUGGACUCUGGAAGCAAGGAAUGAAUGAGCUGGUCCAGGCCCUGCGACUCAUCACGCCGGCGGAUACCGCCCCGCCUGACAGGGAUCCUCGCUUGCUUGCUAGCUUCCCUCCUAACAAACACCGCCAUCACAGCCCAUCAGCGAGCAGUUCUUCCCAACAAAUCCCGUUCGGGCCGUCUGCAGUCGAAGACAGGGGUAUUGUUGGCGAACAAAUCUCGGCCUCUGCUGGCAGUCGCUGCCGAAGCCCCAUGCCGAGCGAAUCCGGAAGAAGCAGCCAGGACACGCAAGUACCGGUGGGCGAAGACACAAAGUUGACGUGGGAUUAUUAUGAAAUAGAAACCAGGAAUAAUCCAGCGCUCCCCAGGUGCAUUUGCAACAAUGGCCACCGACAUCGUGCAUGGGCCUAUGGGGUAACCACCACCUGCCACUGCCAGGCUCUUCAGGAAAUGAUCACUGCCAAAACUCCGCGCUCUCAAGCUUGUGGCCGUCGGAAUUGAAACCAGGCAAUCAAGUGCCUCUCAGAUCAUCAAAACCAAAAACACACCUACAUAAAUGAUCUCCUGUGCUGCAUCAUUCACCGCACGGAUGAGCAUCUUCUUUUCGAAGCGAUGGAGGAGAGCCACCUUAAGCCUGACUUCACCAUGAUAUGUACCAUGUCUGUGCAUCUAAAAGUGGAGGCAGAUCGACUUCGAAGAAUUUUUUUCCCCGACUCCUGCAAACGCUUACCAUGCAUGCCUAGCGCAAGCGGUCCACAACGAGAACCCAUAGUACACACACAUAUAUCGGAAAUUUCAGGCGAUGCGCAAGAUAACCACCGAUUCGAUUUGGCUCGGGGAGCGACCACUUCAG